GUACAUUAUGUCCAAAAAAAUUUUCAGUACCAUCAAUGGACUUUCCUACUUGUUUGGAGGGUACCUAUGAUUUAAAUGAUAUAAAUAAUCUAAAGGAUCUUAAUCCUAAAACUGAAAUCUUUAAAGUUGGACGAACUACAGGUCUUACCUUUGGAUAUUUGUUCCCUGCUAGUCAAACUAUUGCUUGUAGCUUGACAGUUGAAAGCAUUAAAAUUGCAAAAAAAUUAGCAAUGGAAAAACAUAUCCCUUUUUAUGAUAAUCUAGAUCAAGAAACCUUUAUCGGAUAUAUGAAAUCACAUGUGGACUCUGAGAUUUGUCAAAAACGUAAAAAAUGCUAUCCUAUUGAAUGGUUUGAUCGUCAGUUAGCAUUUCUAUUUAAACCUGGAGAGUUUGAAUGUGGAGACUCAGGUGCAAGUGUUGUUGAUAAAAAAGGGAAAGCUCUGGGUAUCCUUCACGCAAAAUUGAAAACACCAAAUCAAACAUUUGCUAUUGCCUCACCUUAUUUUGCUAUCAUUGAGGCACUUAAUGUAGAUAUUUGCUUUUCUCCCGAUUCUAUUACAUUAACAGCUACUUCAUCCCUCUCAUCUUUUUCAUCCCUCUCAUCUAUUUCAUCAUCGUCAUCUUCAUCAAGAUACCCCUUAACUGUUACGAAAGUAUAAUAUUAAUACUGAUAAUAUUUCUUCAUGAUAA